AUGCCGGGCAUGAAUGCCGGAAACCCUGCUAUGGGCGGUAUGCAAAUGGCAAACAACAUGCCUAACGGCGCAAUAAUUAAUAAGGGCCCGGAGCAAGACGUAAUCCCAGACAUGGACUCCAAGCUGAACCAAUGGAUCUAUGGUUAUUUCUUGGAAAAGGAACAGUGGGAUCUGGCGCACGAGAUGAAUGGGGUGAGCGAGGACUCAAAGAGCGGGUUAGGCGACAAGAGACCUCACGACCUCCCAGCUGCGAAGGGAGCUUUAGACGCUCAGGGCGGGUCCAUGUUGUCGUGUUGGUUUGCACUGUUUUGGGAUAUGUUCUCAGCUUCCCGGAGAGCGGGUAGCAAAAGCGCGAACCACUUACUCGAGCAGAAUAAGGCAGAAGGCGUUGCAGAAUCAGCAGCAGAAUGGGAUGCGAGGGAUAACCCCCAAAUGCAGAUGGCCAUGCAGCAGCAGAGACAGGCCAUGAUGCAACAGCAGACCAUGAGGCGAGAUCCAUCCGGGAUGGACAUGAAUGGCCAAAGACCUCGUACACCAUCAAGUGGCGAUCAUGCACCCUCUCCAAAGCGACCUCGUAUGGACAGCGCAGGUUUGAAUGCGCAGCAAAUGAUGCAGAAUGGACGCCCACCGCCGGGCAUGCCGCCGCAGAUGAUGUCGAGUAACACUGACCAAGCGAAUGCCCUCUUGAUGAGUAGUGGCAUCAAUCCGGCAAACCUUUCUGACACGCAAUUUGCUUCUUUCCAGCAGCAGCAGCCGCAAGUUCAACAGAAGUCUAUCCAGGUCUAUGCGCAGAAUAUGUCAAGGAAUCAACGAGAGGGUAUGUUUAAAGUUAGUGGUAUGUCCGAUGGUGGCUCACCUAUGAUGCCAGAUCCUAUGACCAUGACGACUGGUGGCCCAGAAUAUUAUGGCGCCGCCAACGGCCAAAUGAUGCGUCCGGGUGGUAUGGGUGCGAAUCCAGGAGCACCCAACGGCGCGGGUGGCAAUCAUGCACUCCAAGACUACCAGAUGCAGUUGAUGCUACUUGAACAGCAGAACAAGAAACGGCUAUUGAUGGCCCGCCAAGAACAAGGCGAACCUGGUCAACCUGGGAUGGCCGGUCCGAUGGGACCAACAGCUGGCCUAUCACCUCAAGGCAGCCGAAGUGGAACUUCUCCUGGCCCGAACGGCGAGAGGCGAGGGACGCCAAAGAUGGGCCAACAGAUGGAUGGCUCACCCAUGCCGGACGGAAGCAUGAGGGGAUCGCCAGGAAUGAAUACUUUCUCAAUGCAGCCAGACAUGUACGGACCACUGAACACUGGCGUAAGACCACCGCCAAGCUCGAAUCCUGCCUUCAAUGGACAAUACAACCCUCAACAGAUGGAACAAAUGCGUCCUAAUGGCCAGGUAAGAAUGCCUAGUGGUGCCUGGCAAUCCGGUGCUCCCGGGCAGAUGCCCAUGACCCAACAACCUCCGAAUCAGCCGCAGCCACCACAGAUGGGGACGCCGCAGCAGCGAAACGAUAUGCCACCACCCCAGGGACCACCUCCUGGGGCGGCAAAUGGGCGCACUGGUCCUGACGAUGCUCCUCCAACCCCAUCAGCUACAAACAAGUCCAACCCUAAGAAGAAAGAACCUAAAAAGGCACGUUCUACCCCUUUGUCCCCUAUCACCAAUAAAGCGGAGAGUAAGUCGAAGAAGGGCUCCACGAGCGUUGCUGCAACUCCGGCCUCAGAAGCUGAAAAUCCUCCCCCAACACCCACACCAUCUACCCCGAUCACACCAUCGCACCCUCAAUCGUUCUCUUCAAAGACGGAAGCACCACAAGCAGGUGCAGCCCAAAACACAAACAAUACCACCGCCCCUCCUGUCCCUGUACCCCAACCUGACGGCAACGCCUCCGCACAAUUCACUACAGGUAACAUAGAGGCAAUGGACGGCACCGAGGGCAUCUAUCCGAACGACAGCAUGGGCGAUUCAAACCUCCUGGACAAUUUCGAUUUCGAGCAAUUCUUAGACCAGACGGCGUUCCAGUAUGAUCCGAACUCAAUGGAUCUGGGUGAUAUCAUGGAUCCAACUGUAAUACAAGACGCCGCCUGA